UGGUCGGCCUGCUAGCAGCUGUUUCUGAUUAUCAGCAAGUCUGUAAUCUGUCAUCCACUGACACUGAGAGGACAAGGACUCAUCUAAAGAAGACUGAAUUGAUUUGGUUUAAUUUUACACUAGACGUAUCUGAAGAUUCAUUUUGGGGUGAAACACCAGAGGUGAGCAUCUAUAAAGACAUUCAUCUUUCCGUUCUCAAACCCAGAGACUGUGGACGGCUAGAAACUACCACAGCGAGUCAUCCAUCAAUUCCAGCUUUAUCUUUGAAGGAGACGGCUUACGUUUUGUCAACCGGCGUAAUAAAGAGUCCGUUUUCACCAUCAGUCUGUGGAAUAUACUGAUGACAAGUGAACAAGAAGCAAUCUGUCUGCAAACAGCCUUGUGUCCACAACUUGACCCUGUCAGGAAGAUACAACAGGAAGAAAAAGAGCUGCAGUUCAAUCACCUUAUUCCCACUGAGGUGUCAACAUACCUUCUUCAGCUCUUCAGCAUCCCUGCCAAGAAGACAGCAUCAACAGUCUGACUCCAUUCUAGAUCGUUCAUCUGAAACACUCACAAAAAUCACAGAACAUAUGAACAGAACCAUAUAUCAACGUGAAGCUUCGGCUGACGUUUGAAGGCCUCUGAGGCCCGCCAAGUAGUUCUGGCAACUAAUCACACAUCCUAAAAGCAGAAGAGACAGGAAGUGUUCUCAGGUAAAGAGGCAGAGCGAUCAAGAAUCUGUCAAGAUUCAUCACUAAACUGCCAACUGUUUACACAUCAGUUGAUAGAGAGACAAACACACACCUGUCGGAUCUUUAACAGACACCUGUUGCUCCACAACUACUAAAGGCUCUUCUGACUAAUCAUGGCUGACUGGAGUCUACUUGGGAACUUUCUAGAAGAAGUCCAGGAACAUUCCACCUCGGUGGGAAAGGUGUGGCUCACCAUUCUUUUCAUCUUCCGGAUCCUGGUCCUGGGCACGGCCGCCGAGUCCUCGUGGGGUGACGAGCAGGAAGACUUCACCUGCGACACUGAGCAGCCCGGUUGUGAGAACGUUUGUUACGAUCGAGCCUUUCCCAUCGCGCAUAUCCGCUUCUGGGUGCUCCAGAUUGUGUUCGUGUCCACACCUUCUCUCAUCUACAUGGCACACGCGAUGCACAGUGUCCGCAGAGAGGAGAAGAGGAGGAAAGAGCGGGAAGAAGAAGAAGGAGCACAAAGAGACAGAGAUGGAGAGAAGUACCCAGAGGAAGACAAGAACUGUGGGAAGGAGGACGAAGGUGGAGGUGGGAAGGUGCAACUGAAGGGGGCUUUGCUACAAACAUAUGUACUAAGUAUCCUCAUCCGCUCUGUAAUGGAAGUGAUCUUCAUCAUAGUCCAGUACAUGAUCUAUGGAGUCUUCCUUAAUGUGCUCUACGUAUGUAAGGCCUCUCCGUGUCCGCAUCUGGUCAACUGCUACAUCUCGAGACCUACGGAGAAG